AUGAAAGUCCUCUGUCUGCACGGAAGAGGAACAAGCGGGGCGAUUUUCAGAUCGCAGCUGUCUUCAAUCCGCUCCCGGCUCAGUGACCUUAAUCUCGAAUUCGACUAUGUCGACGGCCAAUACCCCUGUGGCCCUGCCCCCGGAAUCGACCUCUUCUACCCCCCACCUUACUACUCAUACACCGAAGACAACACCCUCGAAGCCGUAUACCGCGUGCGCAGCUGGCUGACCGACCUAAUUGCCGAGCGUGGACCCUACGAUCUCGUCCUGACAUUCUCCCAGGGCUGCGCCGUCGCAGCAGGAAUGCUCCUUCUCCACGAAUCCGAAGCCAAACCCAGCCCCCAAAGCCCGCAACAUAACGGGCCCCCGGAAGAAGAAGCAAAAGACCCCGCUCCACCGGCUCCACCAUUCAAAGCCGCCGUCUUCAUCUGCGGCGGCGCCUCAAUCCCGAUUCUCGAACACAUCGGCUACCACAUCGCCCCCGCAAUGCGAGACCGCGACGCCGAGUCCCGCGUCACAUUAUCCAAAAUGGCCGAUUCCUCCGCAAUCCUAUCCCAGGGCUCGUCGCGCUGGGUGGGGCUCGAUGUCCCCGAAUUCCAGGAGGAAGAUGUACGCAAGGAGCUUGUCGGGGACGUCAAGAUCUCGAUUCCUACAGUGCACGUGUAUGGCUCGCGCGAUCCACGGUACGUGGCUGGGAUUCAACUCUCGGAGGCGUGCACGGCGAGUAAAAGAAAGGUGUAUAACCAUGGCGGCGGCCAUGAGAUUCCGAGGUUUGAAGCCGUGAGCCGCACAAUAGCGGACUUGGUUCGGUGGGCAUUAAAGGCUGGGGGGGCGGAUUUUUAA